UCUCCAGCUUCCGGGUAUCGGGUGAAGCAUCUCCAUGGUGACGGUGGUGGCGCAAGGCACGCUGGGAAGUGGUGGAUGGGAAGUGAGGACGGAGGAGUGAGAGCUGCAGGAUUCCUUUCGUUGAGUGACGCCAUCCACCAUGUCUUCUCCGAAUAAAGCUAUUGAACUGCAAUUACAAAUGAGACAAAACGCGGAAGAGCUUCAGGAUUUCAUGAAGGAGUUGGAUAGCUGGGAAAAGGAUAUAAAAGAAAAAGAUGUCUCUCUGAGAAUAGAGACUGGUGAAAGUGAAGCGACAUUACCACCUAUCAGAAACAAGGACUACAGAAAAAAGAAAAAGAGCAAAAGCACAGAUUCAAAUGAAAAUAAACAAGGAAACUGCAAAAAGCCAAAACGAAAGUUACUCGAUUAUGAAUACUGGGACAAGAUGGAUGUGGACAAGGCACUACAAGAGAUUGAUAAGGAAGACAACACAAAUGAAUCGGUUUCCACAGAGUCUGAUUCUGGAGAUGACGAUGGAAUCCUCAUUGAUAAGAACAGAGCUCUGACCGAGAAGGAAAAGGGAAAUGAUUAUUUUAGAGCGGGAAAGUAUGAUGAAGCUGUGCAGUGCUAUACAAAAGGCAUGAAUGCAGAUCCGUAUAAUGCAGUAUUACCAACCAACAGAGCAUCCACUUUCUUUAGAUUAAAGAAAUAUGCUGUUGCUGAAUCAGACUGCAACCUGGCUAUUGCACUAGACCGCAACUAUUCAAAAGCUUACGCUCGAAGGGGCGCUGCUCGUCUUGCUUUAAAAAAUUUGCAAGGCGCAAAAGAAGAUUAUGAAAAAGUCCUGGAGCUUGAUUCAAAUAACUUUGAGGCAACGAAUGAACUUAGAAAAAUUAACUGUGAAUUACAGGCAUCUGGUAUUACUCAAGAGCAAAAGGAAGAAGUAAAAGAAAAUGAAAUUGUUUUAUCAGAAGAAGAUAAAAAAGCCAUAGAAGCCCAGAAGCUGAAGCAACAAGCAAUUGUGCAGAAAGACUUGGGCAAUGCUUACUUUAAAGAAGGAAAAUAUGAGGCUGCUAUUGAAUGUUAUACUCAAGGAAUUACCGCAGACAGUACAAAUGCACUACUACCAGCAAAUCGAGCCAUGGCCUAUCUGAAAAUCCAAAAAUACAUGGAAGCAGAGGAAGACUGCACACAAGCCUUAGCUCUGGAUACAACUUACGGGAAAGCUUAUGCCAGAAGAGGGACUGCAAGAGUAAUGCUACGAAAGCUGAAGGAAGCAAAAGAAGAUUUUGAAACGGUUUUAAAACUGGAGCCUGGUAACAAGCAAGCAGCAUCAGAACUGGCAAAAAUAUCUCAGGAACUUGGUGACAAAACAGUAAUGCUCAGCCAGAAUGAUCUUGCCAAUCAAAGUAAAGGGAAAGAUGAAAGGAAAUAUGUAAAACCAAUAGAAAAACCUGCACAUCUGAGGUCUACGAAACCUUUAAGGCGGAUGGAGAUUGAAGAACUUGGAGCCAUAGCCAUAAAUCCAGUAAAUGUUUUGACAGAAAAUACUCCCUGUAAUGUGAAAAUUGUCAGCCAAGUUGAGGAGCCUCAAAAAGAGAAUUUGAAUGUUCAAGAAGAAAUCUCGAUAUCGCCUGAUAUUCCCAGUGCUAAGAUCAUAAAGAUAGAGGAAAUUGGUGAUGCACCAACCUUGCAGAGCAAUACAGACAACCAUGUUCCGCCUCAAACACUGCUGCCGAAAGUAAUAAAUGACGUGCCACCAUUAUUGCCGCCCAUGACCACUGACGUUCCAGGCGUCCCUACAAGUUCAUUUCAGCUUGAGUCAGAUUUCAGGAGUCUUAAGGGAAACCAGGAAAUGUUAUACAAGUACAUCAAGCAAAUUGAACCAUCCAUGUACACUAAAAUCUUCCAAAAGGCAUUGGAUCCAGAUGUGUUUAAUGAAAUGAUAAAGAUUCUACGGCUUAAAUACAUUGCAAAUGAAGAUGCAGCUAAAAUUCUGGAAAUUUUACAACGAUUGUCUGAACUUAGAAGAUUUGAUAUGGCAGUGAUGUUUUUAUCAGAAUCGGAGAAAGAAGAUGUCCGUGCCCUGUUUAAUUUUGUAAAACAGUCACUAAAGACAAGUGAUUCUUUUGAUGCUCUAAAGAAGAAAUAUGGCAUUUGAGCAUUGAACCAAGAAAUGUAUUAAACGUUAUUAAGAUUAAAUCUUUUUGGCAAAUUUAAUGGACUCUGUAUAAAUCCUGUACAAAAUAAAUCAAUUUUUUGUACCUUU